AUGUGUCAGCCAAGAAGGGGAAUUGGGCAAAGGUGCCGAAAGCGGCAAACAAGAGAAUGGAGGAAGGAGCGAGCCAGCAGAGUGCCGAGCCCCGGGAAACUGCAGGCGCGGGCUGCUGCGGGCGUAAGAAAGGAAGGACGGGAAGACAAGGGAAGGAGGGAAGGCGGGAAGGAGGGAAGGAGGGAACGGAAGGUCCUAGAGGAACCAGCAAAGCAGGCAGUCUUAGAUCCACGGGAUGGGGAUGAGGAUGGGGAUGGGCGGGACGGGCGGAAAUCGAAGACGGCGUGGGCAUAUAUCGAGAGCUUUGGUAGGGGAGGGAGUAAGGGUGUUUUUAUGGAGAAGGUGGAGACCGGGGGAAUGGGGAAAAAUGCAAAAAGAAAACAGAGAAGAAGAAAAGGAAAUAAAAAUAACAGAAAGAAGAGAAGAAGCGCUCGGGAAGGAAGAUUGGGGAGUCGACGUGUUGUGGCGGGUGAAAACUAA